UUAAUUGUUAGUUUUUUUCAGGGGCUGCGAGGUUUCUUUACUUUACUCCAUCGUCUAAAUUGUAAACAAAACAACAGAAAGGAAGAGAUUUCUGCUUCAUCAGCCUGAUUCUCGCGCAAUUGAUCAGAUUCUCUGCAGUUCCCAUGCGCAUCGCCUUCAUCCACCCUGAUCUCGGCAUCGGUGGCGCCGAGAGACUGGUAGUCGACGCCGCAAUCGGCCUGCAAGACCUCGGCCACGCCGUCACGAUCUACACCUCCCGCUGCGACCGGACGCACUGCUUCGAAGAGAUCUCGAGCGGCCAGCUGGACGUGCAAGUGCGCGGGGACCGGUUCGUGCCGCGCACGGUUCUUGGCCGGUUCGCGAUCCUGUGCGCGAUCGUGAGGCAGCUCGUGUUGUGCUUUUAUCUGCUGCGGUGGAAGAAUGCGGAGUUUGAUGCGGUGUUUGUGGAUCAGUUGAGCUUUUGCGUGCCGCUGCUCAAGUACGGACUCGAUCGGCCUGCCAUCGCCGCUUCCUCAUCCAGAUCAUCAUCCUCCUCCUCAUCCUCCUCCUCAUCACCCAAACGCACAAAGAAAUCCACAAAAAUCCUAUUCUACUGCCACUUCCCCGAUAAGCUCCUCGCCCACCGCACCUCUGCGCUCAAAAAACUCUACCGGAUCCCCUUCGACGCCGCAGAGUCGAUCUCCACCGCCGCCGCAGACAUCAUCGUCGUCAACUCCCGCUUCACCCAGGGCGUUUUCCGGCGCGAAUUUCCCUCCAUCGACCGCAUCCCCGACGUCGUCUACCCCUGCGUCUCUGACUCCUCUUCCUCCUCGACGCUCAACGAAGCAGUCUUCAACGUACUCACCGCCUCAGGCCGCAAAAUCGCCCUCUCAAUCAACCGCUUCGAGCGCAAGAAAUCAGUCGACCUCGCCAUCCGCGCAUACGCCGCCUUACGCUCCAAUCGAGACUUUUCAAACUCCGCGCUGGUGAUUGCGGGAGGAUAUGAUUUCUCCGUGGCAGAGAACGUGGGAUACCUUGCCGAGCUCGAACGGUUGUGCGAUAACCUUGCCAUCGCGCACCGCACGAUUUUCGAGCUCGAUACUCACGUCACUGAACUCGCGGACGCGCUCGCGCAAUCUGCGUCCUUCUCUUCCUCCUCCUCCUCCUCCGCCCGCGCCGGCGUCGUCAUCUUCCUCCCCUCCGUCUCCUCCACAACCCGCACCGCCCUCCUGCGCGCCUCCCGCGCACUCCUGUACACCCCCGAAAACGAGCACUUUGGCAUCGUCCCUCUCGAAGCCAUGCUCGAGCGCAAACCCGUCCUCGCCGCGACCUCCGGCGGCCCGCUCGAGACCAUCGCCGACGGCGUGACCGGGUGGUUGCGCGACGCGCAGGUUACGACUUGGGCGCCGGUGCUGAAUUAUAUCCUGUUUGAGGCGGAGAUGAGGGAGUUGAGCGAGAUGGGUGAGCGGGGGAGGGGGAUGGUGCUCGAGAAGUUUUCGAGGGGGAAGAUGGCGGCGACGAUCGAGAAAUGCUUCCUCGACGCCAUCGCAAACGAUCCUCUUUCCUACUCCCCUCCCUCCUCCUCCUCCUCCUCCUCCUCACGAACAACAACAACAGCAUACACCCCCGACGAAGGCCCCGCGCUCAUGCGCUCGCCGCGCAAGCGGGACGCGGCGUGGAUCGCGUUUUUGGGCUGGGCGGUGUAUUACUGCAAGUACGGCUUCAGCCUGACGAUGCCGUCUGCGAGCGAGGCCGUCGUCGGCGGGGCGGUCGUGCUUGUUGUUUAUUAUGCUUUGUUUUAGCUGUUAUGUAUGUUUAUUGUAUGUGUUAUAUAUAUACGAGGUAUGGGAAGAUAGCUCACGUCAUCAUCCUCUACUUCACCCUCUGUCUGCGCGAGACGACAAAACAAGAAAUUAAUGCAUGUGUGAAAUGUAUACAGCCCAAUAAAACAAUACCAGUCAUCAUCAGCGCACGCCUCAGCA